CAGUAUGUUUCUCUCCUGAUGGAAAUACAUUAACUUCUUGUAGUAAUGAUGAGUCUAUCCGUCUAUGGGAUGUCAAAACAGGAUAAUAAAAAGCCAAUUAGAUGGUCAUUAGUAUUAAGUUAACUCAGUUUGUUUCUCUCCUAAUGGAAAUAUAUUAGCUUCAUGUAGUGAUGAUAACUCUAUCCUUAUAUGGGAUGUCAAAACAGGAUAAUAAAAAGCCAAAUUAGAUGGUCAUUCGAAUUGGGUUAGAUCAGUCUGUUUCUCUCCUGAUGGAAAUACAUUAACUUCUGGUGGUGAAGAUAUGUCUAUCCUUCUUUGGAAUGCCGAAACUGGAUAAUAAAAAGCCAAAUUAGAUGGUCAUACUAGUUGUAUUAACUCAGUCAGUUUCUCUCCUGAUGGAAAUACAUUAGCUUCUGGUAGUGAUGAUUAGUCUAUCCGUCUAUGGGAUGUCAAAACAGGAUAAUAAAUUGCCAAGUUAGAUAGUCAUGAUGCUGGUGUUUACUAAGUUUGCUUCUCUCCUGAUGGAAAUACAUUAACUUCUUGUAGUAAUGAUAAGUCUAUCCGUCUAUGGGAUGUCAAAACAGGAUAAUAAAAAGCCAAAUUAGAUGGUCAUACUAGUUUUUUAUCGUAUUAUAAACAUCAUUUACUAAUUAUAAUACUUUCUAAGCAAUAUUGGCACCCAAAAAUAUUGCCACUUUUUGUACUUUAGCACAUGAAUCGCCAUAAGGGUGAGAUAGUGACUAACGUUUAGGAGAUGACCCCUAAGGUGUUGGAUGGGAGGGUUUUUUUUUUUGUUUAGUGUUUGAAUGUAUGUGUAGUUUUAUUUUCCAGGAGAGGUAACUAACUACCUAUAUCUUAAGGUUCAUACUAAGCUUUUGAAAUAUAUAGAAAAUCUUACAUAAAACUACAACUAGAAAUCCAACAAUCCAAUCAUAAUUUUAAGAUUUAAUCCAAUCUUAAAACAUUUAGCUGA